UAGAAGUAUUUAUCUAUUGUGUUAAAUAUUACAAUUAUAAAAAUACUUCAAUGUGACUGUGUUUCGCUACAGCAUAUAGGCCAGCCAUAACGUUAAUUAUCAAAUCCAGGUUUAGGUGGUUUCAAAAAUGUGACUGUGUUUGAUCAUACCUACAUCUGCUCUCAUCUUCAGACUGAGUCAGCACGAGACAUGGCUAUAGUGUCUUGCAAGCAUGUUGGGCACGUGUCCUGUGGAGUCUGGAUCGUGUGAGUGAUGGCAGCCUGCAGCGGCCCUCUGCUCUGGGGCUGGGGAUCAGUUCUGUGCGGCCUGCUGGGGUCUGUAUUUGUUCUGCUGCUGCCUUUAGCAGGAAUAGAGGAGCGAUGCUGUGCCACACUGAAGGGUUUUGCUCUUCUGCGCUGCCAGCUGUGGGGGGGUGUGCAGCGACCUGUGGUGCACACCACCAGCCUGACGGUCCCUUUCACUGCACUAGACCUCCUGCCACAGAAAGUCAAGCCCAGUAAAGAGACUCAGCUGGAGGCAAAGGCGGCUCUCCAGCAGGCUUUGGAGAUGAGGAAAAAUGGCAAGAGGGAGAAAGCUCAUAAGCUGCUCGUCCACGCGCUCAACAUGAACCCGGAGUUUGUGGAGGCGCUCACUGAAUUAGGAACCAUACUGGAGGAGGAAAAAGACGUCGUCCAAGCGGACCACCUGUACACCAAGGCCCUCGCCAUCUCGCCCUGCAAUGAGAAGGCUCUGGUGAGCAGGGAUCGCACGCUCCCGUUAGUAGAGGAAAUAGAUCAGCGCCACUUUGGAAUCAUCGAUGGAAAGGUGCAACGUCUCAUGUCCAUACCCAAAGGCAACUCUGCUCUGCGCCGAGUCAUGGAGGAGACCUACUACCAUCAUAUUUACCACACCGUAGCUAUUGAAGGCAACACGCUCACGCUGUCCGAGAUUCGCCACAUUAUUGAGACCAGAUACGCCGUUCCAGGAAAGAGUCUUCAAGAACAGAACGAGGCAAUUGGCGUCGACGUGGCCAUGAAGUACAUCAACACCACACUUCUGUCCCGCGCUGGAGCGAUCAGUGUAAAUGACAUCCUAGAGAUACACCGACGGGUCCUAGGCUAUGCCGAUCCCGUCGAAGCCGGCCGAUUACGUGCCAGCCAGGUGUUCGUGGGCCAUCACAUCCCACCGCAUCCGCGGGACUUGGACAAGCACAUGCAGGAGCUGGUGCAGUGGUUGAACUCGGAGGAAGCGCUGCAUCUCCACCCGGUGGAGUUGGCAGCUCUCGCGCACUAUAAACUGGUUUACGUUCAUCCGUUCGUGGACGGGAACGGACGGACGUCUCGCCUGCUCAUGAAUUUAAUCCUAAUGCAAGCUAGUUAUCCGCCGAUCACCAUUCGGAAAGAGCAGAGGGUGGAGUAUUACACCGCCCUUGAUACUGCCAACGAGGGCGACGUAAGGCCCUUUAUUCGCUUUAUCGCGAAAUGCACUGAAAUUACACUUGAUACGCUACUGAUAGCCACAAGUGAGCAUGCAGUGGGGCUCCCCGGGGCUAGUCAUCACGCCUGUCCUGACUGUAAACACACCAUACCUGUGCAUAGCUGAUAGAUGUAUAUUGGCAAGUGGAAAAAGAUUGCAUGUGGCGUAAAUUGAAGUGCCAUAUCAGCCUCUGUACCGACCUUCUACUGCUAUCAUGGGACCUACAUGGAUAAACUGUUGAUCCAUUUCAAGUCUGUGCAUUUACUGUGUAGCUUUAUUUGUUACAAAUCUUUUCUUGACUAAUGUCCACAUUUUAGCCUCUACUUUGUCGGUUUUAAAUUUGAAAUGAAAGAAAAGCUCCUCUUAUUCACUGCUACAUCCUUCUGCAUGUGAGUUAAUGAUAAUGUUGCAUAAAUGAACUGCUGUCUGCUGGGAACAAUAUUCAUACUCAUAUUUUUGUGGAUUUUUUUUCUAGUCUCAAAAUGCAAGCUCGAGUUAAUCUCUUUUGAGGUUUGCUUGGAAAAAGGACAGGUCUGUUAAAUGUGAAAGAUUGCAGUUCUUUAGUGAUGUUUUUCAGAUGCUUUACUAGCUGAAGUGCAUUUUGUGACUGGCUUGUUACAUUUGUCACUUACAAGCUGGCAGGUUACAGCAAAAAAAGAUGUUCAAAAAUGAACGUCUGCCAAAGCCAGUUUGAGCAAUAGUUAACCUUUAACAUUACUUAGAAUAUAAUCUGAUUUUUUAAAGUUGUUUAAAAAAAAUCAUUUAUUUUGAGAUGGUACUCGUCUAUUUUCAUAUGAAAAUGAUUGUUCCAUGAUUCUGAUGUAUGAUGCAAGGAAUAUUAUAAUUACCCACAGCUGUUCAAAAUGUUAAGGAAGAUGUAUUAUUGAUUGUAGAAAUAUUGUUGAAAAGUUGCAUUAAUAAUAAUGAUUUUGAGUUUGCCAUUAUUUUCAAGCACUUUAAUCUAUUUAAACAUAGCUUUAAUUUAUUUACUACUCGUAAAAGCCAUUUUAUUAUUGUGUGUAAUAAAUUGUUGUGCAACUUCUCAUUUCCUUGUAGUAUUUGGUGGAUUUGUCUUAUCUUUUCACAUAGGAUAAUGGCACUGUUGUGAAACAUUGAAAAUGUCAGCUG